UUCAGGCACCGGAGAUGUCAAAAUAAUGUAAAGCAUUUGGAGUUUUGUCUCAAUUAUAGAUUUCUAGUGCUCCCAACACACGGCACUGCUGUGCCAUACAUAUUCUCUCUAUUCUCAAUUAUGAAUACAAGUCUUUGACCACAUUUUGUUGUAAAUGAAAUAUCCUUAGCUUUGUGGCCAAGGCAAUACAAAAUAAAAGCAACCGACUUUCAACUGUUAUUGUGCCGUCCUUUGACACAAGGUCCUGUUGGGAAGCAACGAAUAUAUCCUUUUCUCUUAUAACACACACCACGAUGCUUUCCAUUAAUUUUCCCUAUUCAGCAAUGCCUCAUUACCCAUGUUCAUCUUCUUCUAAUUUUAAUCAAGCACAAACCAAGUCAGAAUAGCCAUGGAGCUGGAAUUAGGACUCAAGAUUACACAUACUCGAGAUGAUAUCACUUCAACAACCGAUCUUCGGAUUAGCAAAGAUCCUUUUGGUCCUGUUUUCUUGUCUAGAGAAACUGACCAUAUGUUCAUCCUCAUUGCUCAUCUCAAAGGUUUUAGAAGGGAGAACAUCUUCAUUGAGAUAAAUAAAGAUGGGAAUCGGAUUGCCAUAAAGGGGGAGAAACCUGUUCAGGAGAUGGUGAUGUUAGGGUGGAUUAUGUGCAAGAAGGAGGUUGAGAUAAAGGCUUUUAGAAAGGUCUUUCGUAUUCCUGAUGUUGUCAACUUGGAAAGAAUAAAAGCUAAGUACAAUGAAGAAGAAUCAAUUUUAAGAAUUAUCAUGAAAAAGAAAGUUAAAGGAAUUUGUGGUAUUAGGAUUGAAGAAGAAGAAGAGCCUAUGAUGAUUAAAGAGGAGGUACCAAGGGAAGAGGUGGUUGAAAGGAAGGAAGCUGAAGAAGUACUAAUGGAACAGGCGACUGAAAGGAAGGAAGUUGAAGAAGUACCAACGGAAGAGGUGGUUCAAAGGAAGAAAGUUGAAGACGUACCAAUGAAAGAGGUGGCUGAAAGGAAAGAAGUUGAAGAAGUACCAAUGGAAGAGGUGGUUAAAGGGAAAGAAGUUGAAGAAGUACUAAUGGAAGAGGUACUCCAAAGGAAAGAAGUUGAAGAAGUAUUAAAGGAAGAGAUGGUUCAAAGGAAGGAAGCUGAAGAAGAAGUAUGGAAGGAAGAGAUGUUUGAAAGGAAAGAAGCUGAGGAAGAAGUACGGAAGAAAGAGAUGGUUGUAAGGAAAGAAGUUGAAGAAGAAGUAUGGAGGGAAGAGGUGGUUGAAGGGAAAGAAGUUGAAGAAGAACCAAAGGAAGAUGUGGUUGAAGUACAAGAGGAAGUUGAAAAAGGACCAAGAGUAGAAGUGGUUGAAGAAAAAGAAGCUGAAGUGGUACCAAGUGUAGAGCUUGUUGAAAAAAAGAAACCUCAAGAGGUACCAAGGGUAGAGCUUGUUGAAAAAAAUAAAAUUGAAGAGGUAAUAAAGGCAGAAUUGGUUAAAAAAAAAGAACUUGAAAACGUACCAAGGGCAGAGCUUGUUGAAAAGAAGAAACCUAAAGAGGUACUAAGGGUAGCGCUUAUUGAAAAGAAGAAACAUGAAGAGGUAACAAAUGUAGAAUUGGUUGAAAAGAAGGAACCUGAAAAGGUACCAAGGCCAGAGCUUGUCGAAAAGAAGAAACCUCAAGAGGUACCAAGGGUAGAGCUUGUUGAAAAGAAGAAACCUCAAGAAGUACCCAAGAUAGAGCUUGUUGAAAAUAAACUUGGACAGAUACCAAAGGUAGAAUUGGUUGAAGAGGAGGAACUUGAUAAGAUACCAAAGGUAGAGCUUGUUGAAAAGAGAAAACCUCGAGAGCUACCAAAGGUAAAGCUUGUUGAAAAAAAACAACCUAAAGAGGAACCAAAAGUAGAAUUGGUUGAAAAGAAGGGACUUGAAAAGGUACCAACGGUAGAGCUUGUUGAAAAAAAGAAACCUAAAGAGGUACCAAGGGAAGAAUUGGUUGAAAAGAAAGAACUUGAAAAGGUACCAAAGGUAGAGCUUAUUGAAAAAAAGAAACUUGAAGUGGUACCAAAGGUAGAGUUAGAUGAAAACAAGGAACCUAAAGAGAUAGCAAAAGUGGAUAUUGUUGAGGAAAAGAUUCAAACCACUAAAGAAAUUAAUCAAAGUCAAGUUGAAGCACAAGAAGAGGUUAAGAAAGAAAGUAGUAUUGAGUUAGAACCAGAAAACCCAAAGUCAGAGGAAAAGGAAGAAAUUGAAGAGAAGAUUAAGAAAGAAGAACCAGAGGCAGUGGAAAAUGCAAUUUUUGAGAAGCUUGAAAAAGUUGAAGAGAUAAUUCGAGAAGAACCUCAAAUUGAAACAGUGGAGGAAACCAAUCAGGUUUUGGACACACCGCAAGAGAUCCUGGAAGAAAAAGUGGCAAUUCCUUCUACUCCACCAAAAUUUCAAGAACCAAAAGCAAUGGAGCCUGAAAUGGUUGAACCACAGAUGAUAGGGAUGCCAUCAAUUAAAGAACCAAAAGAAAAAGAACCAACUAAUGAGAGACAAAAGGUUCCACAACCAGCGGAAGAAACAUGGGAAGAAGAAACAGAAGAUGCAGUAGAUCAAAUGACUCAACAGUCAAAAUUACCAAGUUUACUACUAAGUCAAGCUGAAGACAGAAAAACUACAAAUGAGGAUGAUCAAGCAGAAGAUUUAACUUCUGAACAAUCAGAAGAGUUGGAAAUUGGAGUAGAUGUUCGGGAAUCAAAAAUGGAACCUGAACCUGAUGAAGAGCCAAAGGAAGCUGAAACUUCAAUUGAAAAACAACUUGGAGAUGAAUCAGAUCAGGAAAAUGAAAUUGAGAACAUGGAAGGUGAAAUCGGUGAAGAAACUGACCAGAAAGAACAUCGCCAAGAGAAUGAAAGUAGCAUGGAUAUAUCUCCUGAAAUGGACGUUGACAAAGGUCCAAUCGAAGGAGCAACUAUGGACGAGAAACGAAAAAAGACUAGGCUGCGUAAACCUUUAAUGUUUGCAGGAUCAGCAUUUCUUGUCUCCCUUAUAGUGUUAGUUAUUAACUUACUUAGAGCAAAAAAAAGAUAAAACUGAAAGUAUUGGUGCCUUUGUUUUCCAUUUUUGUACUGAUGAUAAUCUUUGAUGCUGCAUAGUGAAUAUAUUGUCUCCUUCUAACUUUUGAGAGCUUUCUAAUCUCAUUGUAGUUUUCACUAUUUACACCUUUAACUCUAAAUUUGAAUUGCAAC